GCAGGAAGUAACGACGCUCCAGGCGCGCCGGGCGCUGUUUCUCCUCAGACUCCGGGACCCGCGGCGGCGGCGGCGCAGGGUGUUCGAACUCAAAUGGGUGAUGAAAAGGACUCUUGGAAAGUGAAAACUUUAGAUGAAAUUCUUCAAGAAAAGAAACGCCGCAAGGAGCAAGAGGAGAAAGCAGAGAUAAAGCGCUUAAAAAAUUCUGAUGACAGGGACUCCAAGCGGGACUCCCUGGAGGAGGGGGAGCUGAGGGACCACCGCAUGGAGAUCACCAUCAGGAACUCGCCCUACCGCCGCGAGGACUCCAUGGAGGACAGAGGAGAGGAGGACGACUCCUUAGCCAUCAAACCGCCCCAGCAGAUGUCCCGGAAAGAGAAGGCCCACCACAGGAAGGACGAGAAGAGGAAAGAGAAGCGCCGGCACCGCAGCCACUCUGCGGAAGGGGGCAAGCACGCCAGAGCCAAGGAGAAGGAGAGGGAGCACGAGCGCCGGAAGCGGCACCGAGAGGAGCAGGACAAGGCGCGCCGGGAGUGGGAGAGGCAGAAGCGGAGGGAGAUGGCCAGGGAGCACUCCAGGAGGGAGAGAUACGGUGUUAGAGUUCUCUGGGUCACAGAGAAACAGACCAGUUCUGGGAAAAGUAACAGGAAAUCCCAAGGCCUUGAGAAGAGCCCAGGAGCUGGGACACCAGGCUUCGUUUGCAGGGACCGCCUGGAGCAGCUGGAGCGCAAGCGGGAGCGGGAGCGUAAGCUGCGGGAGCAGCAGAAGGAGCAGCGGGAGCAGAAGGAGCGUGAGCGGCGCGCAGAGGAGCGGCGCAAAGAGCGGGAGGCACGGCGGGAAGUCUCUGCCCAUCACCGGACCGUGCGAGAGGACUAUGGCGACAAAGCGAAGGCCAGCCACUGGGCCCGCAGCCCGCCCCGGCCGCCCCGGGAGAGGUUCGAGCUGGGAGACGGCCGGAAGCCAGUGAAAGAAGAGAAGGUGGAAGAGAGAGACCUGCUGUCCGACCUGCAAGACAUCAGCGACAGCGAGAGGAGGACCAGCUCGGCCGCGUCCUCCUCAGCGGAAUCAGGGUCCGGGUCCGAGGAGGAAGAGGAGGAGGAGGAGGAGGAGGGGAGCAGCAGUGAAGAAUCGGAGGAGGAGGAGGAAGAGGAGGAGGAGGAGGAAGAGGAGGAAGAGGAGACCGGGAGCAACUCCGAGGAUGCGUCUGGACAGUCAGCCGAGGAAGUGAGUGAAGAAGAGAUGAGUGAAGAUGAAGAGCGAGAGACCGAGAACCACAUCCUCGUGGUUCCAGAAUCACGUUUUGACCGAGAUUCUGGAGAAAGUGAAGAAGGGGAGGAAGAAGUGGGCGAGGCCACCCCACAGAGCAGCGCCCUGACCGAAGGGGAGUUCGCGCCCGAGUCCCCGGCCCUGUCGCCUGUCGAGCUCAAGCAAGAGCUGCCCAAGUACCUGCCCGCCCUGCAGGGCUGUCGGAGCGUGGAGGAGUUCCAGUGCCUGAACAGGAUCGAGGAGGGCACCUACGGCGUGGUCUACAGAGCAAAGGACAAGAAGACAGAUGAGAUCGUGGCUCUGAAGCGCCUGAAAAUGGAGAAGGAGAAGGAAGGCUUCCCGAUCACGUCGCUGAGGGAGAUCAAUACCAUUCUCAAGGCACAGCACCCCAACAUCGUGACCGUCAGGGAGAUCGUCGUGGGCAGCAACAUGGACAAGAUCUACAUCGUGAUGAACUACGUGGAGCACGACCUCAAGAGCCUGAUGGAGACCAUGAAGCAGCCUUUCCUGCCAGGGGAGGUGAAGACCCUGAUGAUCCAGCUGCUGUGCGGCGUGAAGCACCUGCACGACAACUGGAUCCUGCACCGUGACCUCAAGACCUCCAACCUGCUGCUCAGCCACGCCGGCAUCCUCAAGGUGGGGGACUUCGGGCUGGCGCGGGAGUACGGGUCCCCUCUGAAGGCCUACACCCCAGUCGUGGUGACCCUGUGGUACCGCGCCCCGGAGCUGCUCCUGGGGGCCAAGGAGUACUCCACGGCGGUGGACAUGUGGUCCGUGGGCUGCAUCUUCGGGGAGCUGCUGACGCAGAAGCCACUGUUCCCUGGGAAGUCGGAGAUCGAUCAGAUCAACAAAGUGUUUAAGGACCUGGGGACCCCCAGCGAGAAGAUCUGGCCCGGCUACAACGAGCUCCCUGCGGUGAAGAAGAUGACCUUCACCGAGCACCCCUACAACAACCUGCGCAAGCGCUUCGGGGCCCUGCUCUCAGACCAGGGCUUCGACCUCAUGAACAAGUUCCUGACCUACUUCCCUGGGCGGAGGGUCAGCGCCGAGGACGGCCUCAAGCAUGAGUAUUUCCGGGAGACGCCCCUCCCCAUCGAGCCCUCCAUGUUCCCCACGUGGCCCGCCAAGAGCGAGCAGCAGAGGGUGAAGCGUGGCACCAGCCCGAGGCCCCCGGAGGGAGGCCUGGGCUACAGCCAGCUGGGAGACGACGACCUGAAGGAGACCGGCUUUCACCUCACCACCACCAAUCAGGGGGCCUCGGCAGCAGGGCCCGGCUUCAGCCUCAAGUUCUGAGUCCUUGUGGAUCCCACACCAGCAACACCGGGGACUGGGGCUCAGAGGGGACCAGGACAGCGGGGGGCUGGAGGCGCUGCCAGGGUCCAGAUCCGACUGGACACAGAUGCUGCCCACCCCCCCCCAGGCUGCUGUGAAUAGACCUCGAGUCUCGGACUGCUGGUCUUGUUUUCUACAUUUCGUUUGUAUUUUAUCUUGGCUUGUACAUUUGUAGAAUUAAAUCUUAUCUCUUUGUGGAAGGAAAAGCUGUGUUU